GUUCCGGCUCCGAGGGGCUGGCCCCGGCUGGGAGGGAGGAGGCGGCGCCGCGGAUCCGCUUCAGUCGCCUCCGGAGGGAGGAAGAGGAGGACGCCGGGUGCGCAGAAUGGAAACAGACUGUAAUCCCAUGGAGUUAAGCAGUAUGUCAGGAUUUGAAGAAGGUUCAGACCUUAAUGGUUUUGAAGGAACUGAUGUGAAAGACAUGAGGCUGGAAGCAGAAGCAGUUGUAAAUGAUGUUCUCUUUGCUGUUAACAACAUGUUUGUCUCAAAAAGCCUGCGCUGUGCAGAUGAUGUGGCCUAUAUCAAUGUGGAAACAAAGGAAAGGAACAGAUAUUGCCUGGAGCUCACUGAAGCAGGACUUAAGGUGGUAGGUUAUGCUUUUGACCAGGUGGAUGAUCACUUACAGACUCCCUACCAUGAAACAGUCUACUCCUUGUUGGAUACGCUCAGCCCUGCCUACCGGGAAGCUUUUGGAAACGCACUCCUUCAAAGACUGGAAGCUUUGAAAAGGGAUGGACAGUCAUGACUAAGCUUUUUUCUUUUAGGGGGGACUGGUGCUGGUACAGAAUGUUAACAUAGAGCUUGAAAUUCUUGCAUAUGGUCAUAGAAAGUGCAUCUUUGGUUUUGUGUCUUUAUCACUUGCUUCAAAUUUAGGCUUUUGACUCAGAUGAUUAUUGAAUAAUGAAUUGGCUUAGUUUUGGAUUCACUAAAGGAAUUCUGAGGCCAUUGCUGUGAUACCAUCAUUAAGACAUUCACAUUUCUUCAUAUACUAUCUCUGCAUUUCGAACCCUAAUCAGUAUUUCAUUUUUUUAUUACAGGGCUUUGAUGCUGCCGGCACUCUCUUUUACAUAAGAAAUUCUAGAUUUGCACAGUAAUAUAGGAAUUAGAAUUACCUAACUAUAAACUCUGAUUCAGCCUGUUAAAUCAGGGGUUCACUACUAGCUUGGACUGACUUUGUAGUAAUUAUUUUGCUACUAGCCUUAUUGGAAACAAAUUAUCAACUAGUUUCCCCUGCACAAAUUUUGAAAUUCACUGCUUCACUUUAUAUUACUAUUAGGGAUUGAUAAAGAUGAAUUAAUUAUUAAUAUAUAUUACUAAACUAGUAUUAAAUGAAAAACAGGGACUGAAAUAGUUCUGUAUUCCGUGUUUGCAACAGCCAGCCAGCUGAGCAGAGGUCGAACCAUUAGCAAAUGAAUGUAAUAAUCACUCGUUUCCAAGAUAUCUAAGCACAUAAACAAAUACAGGAACAGUCUCCAUUUCUUAACAAAAAACAUCGUGUGUGUGAUUUAAAAGAAGAUUCUGGUUUCCUAGAAGACAAUAUUUUGGCCUGUGUUGAUUCUUAUUCUGAAUGUUUGUUUACAUAAUGUACAGUAUAUAUUCAGAAAGUAUUUUUGCUUCAGCGUUUACCGUAGUGCUUUGGUAUUCCCACAGCACCCCACCUUCCCCAGUAGAUGUACAGUGUUCUGUCUCAAUGCUAAAUCUACAAUGUAAUAUGAGUGCAUUGUAUGGGUUUGAAACCAAAGGAUGAAUGAAGCAUUCAGAGACUUAAUAAUUGAAAAAGGGAUACUCUGUAUUUUAUAUUUUAUUAUAAGUACUGAUAUUUGUAAACUUAAUCAACUGUACCAUGCUGCUGCAUGUUUUCAAGUACAUGAUUGUACUUGAUUGGGGAGUUUUUUUAAUGGUCACCUAAAGCAGCUGCUGUAACAAUGUUGAACCAAGCUUCUGCAUCUGGACACACCUUCAUAAAUUUGUCAUCUGCAGAUUUUUUUAAUCAUUAAAAAAUAGGUACUUUUAGGCUCUGAAGAUCAUGUGGACCAGAAUAAGUUAAAUUUCAGUUUGCAUCACAAUUCAUUGUUAAACUUCAUUGGAAUGCUUUAAUUAUGUUUAAUAACGUAUAUUCAUGCUCAGCUUUAUUUUCAGAUGCUUAACUGGGCAUUGAAGUCUAACUUCAGGUUGAACUUUCUCAUGCUUAAUCUCAGGCUAAAUGUAAAUGAUAUUUGUAAAGUUUGAAUAAAAUUCUGUUUACUCAUUUUGAGUUAAGUAUGGAGAAAAGUGAUUGUAUGUUUAAAAGUUGAAAUUGUUCAUUUUGUGAUAAAUGAUUGAUUCCAA